AUGACGUUUGACGCACUGCUGCUGGAUAUCGAGGGCACUGUGUGUCCAAUUGCGUUUGUAAAGGAUGUUUUGUUCCCUUACUUCGUCGCCCAGGUGCCGCUGCUGGUCGAGAAAGCAAGUGACGAGUUGCUGAGCGGGUUCAAAGACGAGCACGGUGCGGAGGUGCACCGCGAGCAGCUCGAGGCGCACAUCCUGGACUUGGUGCGUCAGGACUUGAAGGACCCCGCGUUGAAACGGUUGCAGGGCCACGUUUGGCGCUCCGGGUACGAGGACGGGUCGAUUAAAGCACCAGUGUACGCUGACGCGGUGGAUCUGUUGCAGAGACAUAAGGGGAGCGUGUACAUAUACUCUAGUGGGAGUGUUGAGGCUCAGAAACUGUUGUUUGCGCACGUUAAGGGCGUUCCGGGGGACUUGACGCCGUUUAUUGCCGGUUACUUCGACAUCACUACUUCUGGACGCAAGACGGACAGCGAGUCGUAUCGUUCUAUAUCCCAGCAGAUUGGCAAAGCUGCAGAGCGCGUACUGUUCCUCAGCGACAACAUCCUUGAGUUGGACGCCGCUGGGGAGGCCGGGAUGCAAUGCGGUCUUGCCCUACGUGAGGGCAACGCGCCUCUAGCACACAGUAAUAGCGACGAGUACACCGAGUACCGCACGUUCAGCGAGUUGUAG